UUGUAUUAAGACCUAAAGUGCACCUUGGUGGGGUUGUGGUUUUGAGCCUUCCCUUUAACGGAGAUUCAUAGGCAGGAAGCGGAGAUGUAUAGUACAGACUAGGGGCUGGAGCAAAAGGAAAAUCUGUUUCAUAAAUAGUUAUUCUCAGAAAAUAAAAUGAUAACAAAUACCAUGGCAUUCAUUCGAGCAAGUGGACUUGUCUGACCCGAAAAGGGAAGAAUAGCUCUUCAUAAGUGGGACAAGAUAAUUCUUACAUUUGGUACCGAAAGCCAUUGCUGAUAACUUUUUAAGCAAGCUCCGCUUCUGGGACUCUGAAUAUAUGCCUGUGCUGUCAUUGCUUUUCAAUUUCUAGGAUUUGCCAACUAUGUGUUUCUUGCCAUUGUUUUUGUUAGGUUUGACUAUGAAGGUCUUUAAUCUAAAUUAUUGUCCACCAGUCUGAAGAAAAAAUAGGAGGAAAUUGUAAUAACUUUUUGAUAUUGAAAUUGCGUAUUUGUUUGCUUAGACUAAUAUUUUGUAAGUUCAAAAAUUAUUAAAUUUUGUGAAUUUAAGGUUCAUAAUUAUAAUAUGAAGUUAAUACAGUAUUUAAAAAUAAUUAUACUAAUGUUAUAUAUUUGCCAUUAAAUUCUCUGGCGUCAACGCGCGGCAUUCUAUUAGUUUUAAAAAGAAACUAGUUGAAGUUGAGUUGUAUUCCGGUGGAAAAGUUGCAAUUGUUGGGAAUCUUUCCUUCUAAAUAAAUUAUACUACUCUAAUAAAGAACCUGAAAAGUUCAAAUUUUUUAUCGUUUUUAUCAAAGCAAAUAUGGCAAUUAGCAUUAGCAUUAGCAAGAGAGCAUAUUCCAAUACCCUAGAUGAAGGGCGCGAGUAAUAAGGGCUGGAAUUAGAUAAAGACCCCAAAAACCUCACAGCCUCCUCUGUUUCUUCUCUGCUAAAACCUCUCUUAACCUCUCUUUUCAACUUUUCAAUACAAAAGCCACAAAUUUUUUUUUUUUUUAAAAAAGGUUUCUUUCUUUUUCCCUUCUUACAGACUCUCUUUGUCCCUGCAAUUUUGAAUUGAUGGCGACACGGGUUGCUGGGAAAUUGUUUAGAGAUUUAAUUCGCCAAAGGGUUAUUUCAACUUCCAUUGGAGCUUCCAGACAUAGCUCUUCUGCUGCUACUUCUGCUCCUAAAAUCCCUCAUUCUUCCAAAAAGGGGAGGUUAUUGACCGGAGCCACCAUAGGCUUAAUUAUAGCAGGAGGAGCUUAUGUUGGUACAGUUGAUGAAGAAACUUUCUGUGGUUGGCUAUUCUCAGCGACAAAACUUGUAAACCCAUUCUUUGCACUUUUGGAUGCUGAGGUUGCUCAUAGACUAGCUGUUUCAGCUGCUGCACGUGGCUGGGUUCCCAGGGAGAAGAGGCCUGAUCCACCAAUUUUGGGAUUAGAAGUUUGGGGGAGGAAGUUUUCAAAUCCUAUAGGUCUUUCUGCUGGCUUCGAUAAAAAUGCAGAAGCUGUUGAAGGCUUACUUGGUAUGGGUUUUGGCUUUGUGGAAGUUGGAUCAGUAACCCCUAUCGCACAAGAGGGUAAUCCAAAGCCACGCAUCUUUAGAUUGCGACAAGAAGGUGCUAUCAUAAAUCGAUGUGGAUUCAAUAGUGAAGGAAUUGAUGCUGUUGCAAAUCGAUUGUCUACCCAGCAUGGUAAAAGGAAGUUAGAGAAGUUAGAGACUUCAAGCUCUUCAUCACCCUUGAGUGAUGAAAACAAACAUGGAGGCAAAGCUGGUCCUGGAAUUCUUGGAGUCAAUCUUGGAAAGAAUAAGACAAGUGAGGAUGCCGCUGUCGACUAUGUACAAGGAGUUCAUAUGUUAUCCCAGUAUGCUGAUUACUUGGUUAUUAAUGUUUCAUCACCAAACACUCCUGGAUUGCGUAUGCUUCAGGGAAGGAAACAGUUGAAGGAUCUUGUUACAAAGGUUCAAGCUGCUCGUGAUGAAAUGCAGUGGGAUGAGGUGGGCCCUCCUCCACUGCUUGUUAAAAUUGCUCCAGACUUGUCUAAAGAAGACCUUGAGGAUAUAGCAGCAGUUGCUGUUGCCCUCCAAUUGGAUGGAUUGAUUAUAUCAAACACAACCAUUUCAAGACCAGACCCUGUAAAUAAAAAUCCAGUCUGUGCAGAAUCUGGUGGCUUUAGUGGGAAGCAUCUCUUUAAUUUGUCAACCAACAUCUUAAAGGAGAUGUAUGUCCUGACAAGGGGACAGAUCCCUUUAAUAGGCUGUGGUGGUAUUUGCAGUGGUGAGGAUGCAUACAAAAAAAUAAGGGCUGGAGCAACUCUCGUUCAGCUUUAUACAGCAUUUGCAUAUGGAGGCCCUGCCUUAAUUCCUCAAAUAAAGGCUGAACUUGCUGAGUGCUUAGAAAGGGAUGGUUUCAAAUCUAUCCAUGAAGCUGUUGGUGCUGAUUGCAGGCAGUACCUGCCUUAACAACAAGAAAUUCAUCACAAACUAGCUGUAUUUUAAUCGUGGCCUAUGCUUAUCCCAACAUGGUCACUCUUGCUCGGCUCUAUUUUUUUCUUGUGAUUUUGCAUAAAGUUUACCCUUCCUUUCUUCAUCAGUUUGAGAGGAUUUACAUGUAUAAUGUGGGAAAACAUUUUUGAUACAAUCAGUGGCGGAGCCACAUAAUAAUAUAUAUAAUUUAUAAAUGCUCUAUUUAAAAAUUAAAAAUA